AUGCACCACCACCACCACCCACAAAAUCAAGAAAGAGCUUUCAAUAUGUUAAUCCUCACUGUCUCUAGGCUAUGUAAGUUUUCACCUUCACCUUUAACCUGGUGGUGCCCUUCUGUCGACUUCUGUAAGUUUCGGCCUUGCGACCAUACUGCCCCUGUAGUCAAAUCAUGUUGA